ACGUUCUCUUAAAUAUAGAGUACAUCUAAAAGGGAGAACUAGUAUAUAUAAUAAGAGAGAGCAGAGCCUCCUCCCUCAGAUAUCCUAAAACCAACAUCAUAACCAAAAUAUUUGAAAAAAAAAAAAAAAAACCUAACAUGGUAGAGGUUUAUGAGUUGUGGGCUGCGAUACUUUCACUCAUAGUUGUGAAGCUGUGUCACUGGAUCUAUCAGUGGAGAAACCCGAAGAGUAAUGGAAAACUACCUCCAGGAUCAAUGGGUUUCCCAAUCAUCGGAGAGACUUUCGAGUUUAUGAAGCUUCAUGAUGCUAUUCACUUACCAGCUUUCGUGAAGAAGAAAGUACUCAGACAUGGACCACUUUUUCGGACAAGUUUAUUUGGAGGCAAAGUUAUAAUCUCGACUGAUAUUGGAGUAAAUAUGGAGAUAGCAAAGACGAAUAAUAUUCCUGGUAUGCCAAAGAGCUUAAAGCGGCUUUUUGGGGAAAACAACUUGUUUGUGAAUUUGGAGACACACAAACAUGCCCGCAGCUUGACAAACCAGUUUUUAGGUUCACAAGGUUUGAAACUAAGGAUGAUUCAAGACAUUGAUUUAUUGUCUCGCACACACAUGGAAGAAGGUGCUAGGAACGGCAGUCUUGACAUUAAAGAAACGUCAAGCAAGAUUAUUGUUGAAUGUCUUGCGAAGAAAGUACUGGGCGACAUGGAACCAGAGGCGGCAAAAGAACUCACACUUUGUUGGACAUAUUUUCCUAGGGAAUGGUUUCGAUUUUCUUGGAACGUUCCAGGGACUGGUGCCUAUCGAAUGGUUAAGGCGAAAAAUCGGAUGAUGAAGGUACUAAAAGAGACAAUACUUAAGAAAAGAGCAUUAGGAGAGGAAUUUGGGGAGGUUUUCAAGAUCAUCUUUGGAGAGAUGGAUGGAGGAGCGGACACUAUCAGUGUAGAGAAAGCGAUCGACUACAUAUUUACUUUAUUUGUGAUUGCUAACGAAACAACACCAGGGGUUCUUGCGGCUACAAUAAAACUAAUAAGCAACAACCCUAAAGUCAUGCAAGAGUUGAAGAGAGAACAUGAAGGAAUUGUUAGAGGUAAGAUUGAGAAGGAGGAGAAGGCUGACUUAACAUGGGAAGAUUACAAAUCAAUGACUUUCACCCACAUGGUGAUAACUGAGUCGCUUAGGAUCACAAGCACAGCACCAACGGUGCUUAGAAUAAUUGAUCGUGAGUACCAAUUUGGUGAUUAUACAAUUCCAGCAGGUUGGAUCUUCAUGGGUUAUCCUUACGUACAUUUCAAUCCAGAAAAGUAUGAAGACCCUUCAGUGUUUAAUCCAUGGCGUUGGAAGGGAAAAGAUUUGAGUGUGAACGUAUCCAAGACAUUCCUUCCCUUUGGCUCUGGUUCUAGAUUAUGUGUAGGAGCUGAGUUCGUUAAGCUGCAGAUGGCCAUUUUUAUCCAUCAUUUGUCUAGAUACAGGUGGUCAAUGAAGACAGAGACUACAGUACUUCGAAGGUUUAUACUUAUGCUUCCAAGUGGAUCUGAUGUUCAAAUCUCAUAUGACACUGAAGAGGAUAGCUCUGUUGGUUAUUAGAGUGAUUAUAUUCCAUUGGAGAUCAGUGUCGAAGUCAGAAAUAUACCAAAAGAAUAAUCAAUAAGCCACCAAAAUAUUCUAUAAUUGUAUUCUACGAUCACUUAGACCAUCUUCAUCGGUAAUCCUGUAAUAAAUGUUUUAAACUUUAAUUAAUAUUAAUUUAA